GCCUUCAUUUGACCACGCGGCAUUUCCCCAAACAGAAAGCUCCGCUAAACGACAAACACCAACCGCAGACCCUUGGCUGCGUUUACGGAGGUUUCAUCGCUGCUGCGUGUGCCAUCAGCGCCUUGUCGACCUUUUCGAGAUAAGCCGGCUUGGCGUUUGUCCGCGUCAGCUUUGUUUGUGGUGGGGUUGGGCGGGGUAGACGGUAGGCAGCCAUGGCGUUUGCAGCAGCUGCUUUUCGCGGAGUCGUUGUGUUCUCGUCGGCAACCCGAACUCCCAUGCUCCGCGGGGAGCUGCAAUGCCGUCGUGGUGCUUUAGCGCGGGCAAUCUCGUCGCCCAUAGCCGGCUUGAGGUCCAGCUUUCUCCCUUCUCGCUCUGUCAAGCCAGCGUCAGCUGCUCUCACAGGUCGUGGGCUUCGUCCAGGAAUGAGCAGAAUCCAGCCAUUGGCUCCGGAGAGAGGAUCCCCGCUGGUAGUAGAGGCAAAGAGACCGGCUAUGGCGUGCACCAAGAGGAGUAGGUCGCGGAAGUCUGUUGCAAGGGCUUCUGGGUUCCGAGUUCGCCUCUCAUCGCCUGGAGGAAGAAAUGUCCUCCGGCGCCGUCGUGCCAAGGGCAGGAAGAAUCUGUGCCCGUCCAGCAAUCCCAAUUCAGGGAAAUAUGCAUAAGUGUAGUUAGGUGCUGGGCACAGGCGGAGGGGAAGGGGCAGGGGGGAUGGGGUGGGACGGGGGAGAGAUAGAGGGCCAGAGAAGGGGAUUCCUGGUCAAUCAGUUCUUGUGAAAGUAGGUUCCCCAUUGUUCCCCCUCCCUUCCCCCGCCUUUGUAUGAACCUUUUUCUUUCUAGGUACACUAGCUGUUUCUUAUACUUGUUCUUCAUCAGCAUCUCAGCUGUUAUCUAGGCCCCUUGUUGUCCUGUCCUGUUCAUUCUCUCGACUCAUCAGCUGGUCACCCACAGAGUUCACCUGAUGGUCAGUCGUUUUUCGACACCGGUUGGUUCUUAGUACUUCUUACACCUUUCAUGUCUUACCGCUGAUCAUCAGAGAAGCAUUCAAAUCCCAGUCAGUAACUUGGGCAACCAUGCAGUUAUGGGAGGAUUUCUACACUGGUUGGUUUUUACACCUCUCAUGUCUCACCUCUGAUCAUCCGAGAAGCAUUCAAAUCCCAGCAACUUGGCCAACCAUGAGGUUGUUGGAACACUAUAUAUACAGUAAGCAUAGAGUCAGAUGGCAAUCUCAGCGUGGACCAUCAGCCUGGACCAAGAUGAGAUCCCUUUUUCGGCCAAGUUCCAGAUGGCGAUCUCAGCCUGGACCAUUAGCCCAGCUCUUUCUUUUGUUUGUUCCCCCCCCAGAGUGGGAACGAGAAGUAUGGGAUAUGUUUGGUGUGUAUUUUUCCAACCAUCCUGAUUUACGUCGUAUAUUAACAGAUUAUGGUUUUGAGGGUCAUCCGUUAGGAAAAGACUUUCCCUUAAGUGGAUAUGUGGAAGUUCGAUACGAUGAUUCAAACUCUUUGGAGAACAUCCUGUUGCCCCUUGGAGGGUUCCCCACGGGUAAUAGGUGUGCUCUAGAUAAACAGAGAUCAUCAGACCAGCUUCGGUCCCGUUCUGCCUAAUGUUCUCCAGAUGACAAUCUCAACCUAGCUCGCAACCUCAGUUCACGAUCCCUCCUUGAAUCAGUGUCGCAAUUUGGAAAUUAAUUCCUAUGUUUGGUUUGAUCCCAGUAUGGAGCACAACCUUUUUGAGGAGGCGGCUUAGCUGGGGCGGACUUCCCAUAUUGGAAUGCUCUCUGAAAUUGGACUGCACAAUCCCAAGCAGGAGCCCUUACCGGGGCCCAAGUCCCACCCAAGUCCCACUAGCGGAGGUUGCAGCGCGGCAGAUGAGUGACAGUAGGAGGGGGGCAGAAGAAAAACAAGAGAGAGGGAUUCAGAAUCCCUAGUAAUGAUGAGACACUGAAAACGGGCCAAUGACAGUGGCUGGGCACCUGUCGCCCGUUCGGACCUUGUUGCCACCGAAGGAAAUGAGCUUACCCACAGCGGUGAGGACCCCUCUACACCUGUGACCAAAAAUGUGGCAAAAUGUUUGGCCGAUGGAAAACCGCCUUAUGGGCACCCUUGCCUUAAAUUGCUUUGCCAAAAAAUCUGCCCGCGUAUGCACCCCACGAUCUCUCCAAGAACAAAACCUCCGCUAGUGUGACUUGGCGCUGGAUCGUCAGUUGGUCAGUCAAUAAACCACCAGUACAUGGGCACCUGGGCCGCAGGUCUGACACCUCAAAUUCUGGAGGUGCGGAACGAAAACGGGGCCGCUGAUCGAAUUUAUCGAUGGUGGGCCCAGCGUUUAACGUUUUGGCCUCGUUUUUUUGUGGCGACAAGUUUUCAGACUGCAAGGCUGGGGCCGUGUACUUGUGGUUUAAGAACCAGGUUCAGAAUGAGGCAUGCAAAAUAGGUUGCUGCUGGUUGAAUGACGGUGAUAUUUUGCAGUUUGCGAGUUGAAGUACGCACGUUUUCGGAAACCCUGCUAGGUAUGAGGCUCUUGUUGCUCGGCAAGCAGAGGAGUAUUUUGUCUGUACCUUGUUUGACCUUUCUCACACAGUUUUGAGUUGUAAGGGAGCGCUUCUCAUGUACUUUGGACUGGAGUGUAUUUUUUGGCUGUGACAGACCUUUUUUUUGUUUUGUGGGUGUUUUGCUGGCUUAUGGUGGGGUGUGAACCAACAGUCUGUAGGGUUUUCCAUCUGGUGUGGGUGAGUGAUAGUUUGCGUUGAUUUUCGUCACAGGUACCUUGAGGGCAGUGGUUGGUGCCCACCUUAGGGUAUCAGUUGUCGGGCAGUUGUUGAUGCUUAACCACAACCGGGGUUAAGGUGGAUUAUCACUUACAGUGUAAUCAGUUAGGGGAUUCUGCUGCAGACUCUUUUUGAGGGUUCAGCCUCCUGAUGAGUCAGACGGUGAAACUCCGACGAAACAGCGUGUUACAGCCCCUCGAUUGUUGUCCUAUUCUCCCUCUGCCUUCUACGGUGUACCGGGCAGCUCUGUUUGACGACAUAUAUAGGGUUCAGCAUCCUGAUGAGUCGGUGAAACUCCGACAAAAGC